AUGCAGAGAGUACUGGGCGACGCAGGACUCUUUGUCACGAGCCUCGCCAUCGACAGCAAGCGGAUCGUCGUCGGCACGGUCAAACCCAAGAUAAAUGUCUUCAGCGCAGUAACGGGGCUGUACGCCCGUCCCCUGCUCGGCCACCACGCCGGCGUGUGGUGCCUCACCCUCAUCAGCCGUUCGGGCAAAGGCGCCGAGCGCGCCGCCGUCGACCACAUCCUCCCAACAGACUAUGACAAGGACAAGAUGGCCGCCACCAGUUCCGAGGACGGCAGCGGCGGCAAGCCGCACCAAGCGGCUGCCAAUGUUGCCUUGCUCCGCCAGGGUGCGAGACGAGUCGUGGCUUUGACCAUAGCAGGUCAUCCCAGCGAUUCUCCUGCUGCAUCGUCUGUCCAGCGAAAUUUGCAACGCGACGCCUUCGCGUCCGGUGCAGGCAACUCUGACGCUGACAUCUGCAUCGUCUCUUACGCCCUUCCUUCGUCUGCCGAGAGCUACGCUCCUCCACCCGGGCUCGACCCGAUCGCGAAAACACCCAGGCUGUCGCAGACGCUGAAGGCGGCGCCGAGAUGCAGUCAUGGCCGACGGCACUUAUUACCGACGAGCUGGCCGAGCCGGCAGUCUACUUAG